AUGAGUCAAGGACAACCACGACGACCUCAAACCGAAGACCAAGAACCCAUCAAAUACGGAGACGUAUUUCAAGUCUCGGGUGACUUGGCCAACAAGCCCAUCACCCCACAAGAUGCUGCCACUAUGCAAUCAGCUGAAUCCAGGGUUCUUGGUAAAACACAAAAAAGCGGACCAGCCGCUGUCAUGCAGUCCGCGGCUUGUGUUAAUGAAAGCCGCGGAGUGGUAGGCCAUUUUGACGUGACUAGUGACACUAGUGAUCAAGGUGUCACUGUUUCUGAUGCUGAAGUUGCUGGUCUUCAUAUUGUUACCGAAUCCAUUGGCGGCCAGGUGGUGGGACAAUAUGUACAAGCGGGUCCAGUAUCAGCUCCAGCCGAGCCAGCGAAAAUAGACCCAAUUGACCAGGUUACAAUUGGAGAAGCACUAGAGGCUGCUGCCAUGUCUGCCGGAGAGAAGCCUGUGGAACAGAGUGACGCUGCGGCCAUACAAGCAGCAGAAGUCCGAGCAACGGGUCAAAUGCGAGUCAUGCCUUCUGGCUUAGCGGCUAAAGCUCAGGCUGCAGCGACACAGAACACCCGGACCAUGCGUGAUGAGGACAAAACAAAGCUUGGAGAUGUGUUGGCGGAUGCGAGUACGAUGCUGCCUCGAGACAAGCCAGUGACGAGGGAGGACGCGGAAGGGGUUAUAGGGGCAGAGAUAAGGAACAAGCCGGAUUUGGCUACGUACCCGGGUGGGGUGGCGGCGUCCAUGGCUGCAGCUGCUAGGCUCAAUCAGAAGAAGUGA